AAUUAUAAUAUCUAUCUCAAGUUUAACUGCAGACAGCAACAGAAAAACUGCGGAAACUAAAAACAGCUGCAUUCCAUGAAUGAUUUGGAACAGUUUUUCGAUGCCUGCUGUUUUCCUAACUUAUCACUGAUACAAUAUAGGAUGGCUUGAUUUUAAUCUUCAAUAACACACUAUGAUUUUCCAGAUAUAUGUGCCAUAAGGUCAAGUGACACCAUUUAUAGUCGAUCUAUUUUUAAUGAUCGAGAACUUCCCAAACGAUGAUCAAUACAUUUCCUAAGAUCGGAACGAGGAAGCAUGCCAUUUACUUGGGAAAAUGGCGAGCAGUAACAGCGCCGUUGUAAGACUGGAAAUGAAAGAUGUUAUAAAUGAAACUUCAGGGGAGGGCCAAGAUACCCACCAAAUGGGAGACCGAUCGACAAGUUUACGUAUGACCUCACACUCUAGAGACGUUGUUGAUUUUAGACAACCAGUUCCACCCCAACACGAAAUUGAUGGACCACAACCAAAAUCGUCCUCUAGAAAUCCGUUCGCUGACAGACAGAACUUCGUCCGACAAUUAUGUGACGCCUCCUUGUUGGCCGCCAAUGUUUCACAACUCCGUGCCGUGUUGGACGGAAACUCACAAUCGGCCGAAAACGAUUACUUUUGGCCACUGAUUGUUAUGAUCAGUUUGUCUAUUAUCUUGCACAUUAUGUUUGGAAUUCUAAUGAUUCAGAGGUGGAGAAAAGAAAGGGAGGCAGAAAUGGAACACAGAAGAAAAAGCAGCUCGGUUGCAGGCACACCUAUUUCUAACGCAAGCGUCUUAACAAAAGAAGCAAAAGGAACUCUGUGCUUUUGUUCACCUUGUUUAAGCGUAGAAAAGUGCGAUGAAAUCAGCAUGUAUGUCAUACUUUUCAUUGUCGUUUUGAAUGUUGGUGUUGCAGGACUGGGUCUAUCGGGACCAACAAAAGUUAAAGAUGGGUAGAAAUUAAUCGUGUUAACGUUUUACUAGGAAAUUAACGGUCCCGCAUGUACUAAUGCGGAUUAUUUUGAUGGGGUGAUGAUUUUGGCGAAAGGACUGGAAUUUCCAAAAUUUAUUACCUUAAAUCAAUAUAUUAGGUAUUUAAAAAUCGUCAAAUUUACAACCGUUAUUUUUUUCCAUUUAUUUUAAAUUUGUAAAAAUGUUACACAGUCCCAAAAUAUCCGCUUAUUUACUUGGUCUGUUCUUACAUUUGAUAAUUAUGAAGAAUAUCCGAAUUCAUUUCAAAUGGAAAAACAAUACAUAACAUCAUCUGUGUGACUAUUAUUCACAAUUAUAUCAAUCAAUAAACAUUCGUGUACCGGUCUCAGUAACUCAGUGGUAGAACUUUCGCUUCCGGGAGGUCGUGAGUUCGAGACCCACGAGUUCGUGCUAUGUAAAGUCAAACGGCGUUAAUAUAGUUAUAGUGAUUGCUCCUUCGCCAAACGCUCAAAGUUUAGAAAGUAUCAGUCACGUGUGUUUCGAAUAAGACCAUAAAAGUGGGUUGAAGUCCCGUGUUGCAGCAGGCGUUGGCAUGAUAAAGAACUCCCACUGUUACGGCCCUGAGCGCUAAGCAUAGGUCUAAAUGAAAGGUGAAGAUAACGAACAGUGAUCAAUUUCAUAACUCCUACAAGCAAUACAAAAUAGAUAGUUGGGCAAACACGGACCCCUGGACACACCAGAGGUGGGAUCAGGUGCCUAGGAGGAGUAAGCAUCCCCUGUCGACCGGUCACACCCGCCGUGAGCCAUAUAUACUGAUCUGGUAGUACAUCACCUACAACUGGCGACGUCUCAAUAUGAUGAAAAAAUCUUGACAGAAUGGGAAACAAGCAAUCAAUCAAUAAUAAGUUAAAAGCCCUUCAAUGUUGUCUUGUAAUCCUGUGUUUUAUCAGUAUUUAAAACAUCUUGUAUUUGAUUCAGGAAACCUUUAAAAAUCUACAUGAGUGAAUAACUUUAUGUGAUAUCUAUCAAUUCAAUAAACAAAUAUCUGUGGUGUAUGAUCUUUUAUUUCAAUUGAAGUGCUGAGUGUACAAAUAGUACAAAGUAAUACUUUGACUUUUGAACUUGUUACCUGAAAAUCAUCUAGUCUUUAAGAGCAACCAUUGUCACAAGUUUACGUACAGAUAACCCACACUUUUAACAAAAGAAAGCAGGCCAAACUAUGGUACAACUAUUGUCAAAUGCUUCUUAAGAUACCGGUAUUGUCUGCUCAAUAUUUUGAAUUGAUUGAUUGUAUCUUGUAUAACGUCUCACUUGAGAAUUUUUCACUCAUAUGGAGACGUCACCAAGACCGGUGAAGGGCUUCAAAUCUAGGCGUAUGUUCGGCGCUUACGGCCAUUGAGCAGUGAGGGUUCUUUAGCGUGCCAGACCUACUGUGACUACUAUCAAUUAAACGAUGUGUGUGUAUAACCCUUUUCAAUUUUGCACGGGGGUGGGGGGGGUGGCAUAUGUGUUUUACAAACAUCUCUUAUUCAAAAUUAAUGUUUUUAAAGAUAAAUUCCUACUGAACAUACUGAUAUGCAACAUGACUUUGUUGGCUACAUGCAAAAAUGUCGCAAACUUUACCCUAAUUCAAAUUAUAAACAAACAUAUCCCAAUAAAGAAAAGAAAAAUACAUAUGUACUGAAAAAAUCCAGCACCUUUCAUAAACAAAAAUCUGCAAUUUUCAAGAAAAGACAACUGUAUAAUUUGUUUAUUGCAAACAAAAAUUUCGAAAACAAAGAAAUUAUGCAACAAAAUAAGGCGAAAAUCCUGUUAACCAGUAUUUCAUAGAAGGUGCGUUGGAGGUCCAAAAAGUAGGGAUUUUUGGCCUACUAUAAAGGUGCAAGAGUGAAUUUGAUAGUAUAAUUACCAUAAUUACUUGUAAAAUUCAUUUUUCAAGUUUGAACUCUAUAAAUUUUGAAACCAGUGUU